UUAAAAUCCUGCAUUAUUUUCCGGACAACCCAAUACAUCCCGGCCGGCCCGCCCUCGAGAUCAUGGAUGGAAAUUGAUUCGGCUUCUGUUUUCCUUUCAAAGGGAGAAACAUUUUUUGGUUUAGGUUCGCAAUCAAUAUACGCAGAAAAAGGAGGUCGGAGUUGAAUUUGGCCGAGUUUCCCUGAGCGAGGGCGGAGGUGUGGUAAAUCGUCGGGGGUGGAAGUGGGGCGGAAAAGAGUGGGAAGGCGGUGGCAGCGGCGGGUGGGGGCGGCUGCCUGGAUAGUGUGGCCUAGCCUCUCCGUCGGGAACGCUUCCCUCUUCGCUCUCCUCGCUCGCCUCAACAUUUCUCUCUGCCCCCUUUUUUUUUGGGUUCCGGGCUCGGAAAAAGGUGUGGCCCCGCCACCGAAUCACCCAUGGACCCACCAGCGACCAGCUUUUAAAUUCACAACCAAACGUCAGUUAAGCCCAUAAACGUCGAAAGGAGAAAGGGAGGAACAACCAUGAAUGGAGGAAUUUACGUAGUCUUGAUGUUAAUGGUUUCGACGCAGCUGAGCAGCCUCGUCGGCAGCACCGGACCGACCGUCAUGCCCAAGCUGUGCCCCGUUUCGCAUUUUCAGUGUUCAAACAAAAGGUGUAUUCCUCUGAACAAGUUCUGCGACGGGGUCAACAAUUGCGGCGACUAUUCAGACGAGCCGAAACACUGCACACCGUGCAAUAGAACAUACUACGGAGAGAUAGGAAAAACUUACGACUUGGAACUACACCGUCCAAAAGAAGAUAAGCUGCCUUAUCACUGCCAACUAACACUUUCUGCUGCCGGGGAAAAGUACGGAGAUAUUGUUCAGGUGACACUCGAGCGGUUCACACUGGGCAAAUUCACGUCUUUCAACAUCAACGGCUGCCCCGACGGUUGGCUCUCGAUGGAGGAGAAAGGACGUCCGUCCGUCGGAGGCAUCUGGUGCGGCACCUCCUGGGGUCCGGUGCUCUAUUACUCCGAGUCUUCCUCCCUCAAGCUCUCCAUCACUCUCCUCACGCUAUCGUCGGACCAGAACGGAUACAAUUUCGACUUUCGCAUUUCCUACAAAAUGCUUCCAAAAGGAGAUGCAACUGUCAGAUAUGGAAGUAGUUCCCAACAAGUUAUAGAUAAUGAUAGCAAAACGAACGAAGAGACGAGUGUAGAGUUGGCGAACACGACGUCUGAAAACUACUACCUCGGGAACCGUAUCGGGAUGACCUAUUGCUCAAGGAUGUUCAGCGAUUGCGACAAGAAAGACUGCCGCCUCCAAAGCCCCAACUUCCCAGGGGUCUACCCGAGAAAUAUGACCUGCUACUACGCGGUGAGACAACAGAGUAUCCCAGAGGGAAAGCACGCCCUCAUUUCCGUUUAUCAGACGGAAGGGCACAUGGUCAACAUAAGAAGCCAGAGCGCACUGUAUGCAAGGCCGACCCAACCCACAAACCCUCACCUCAGCACACUCAAGAUAUGGAAAGACUGCGAGGAGGUGCAAGACUACGUGACGAUUUACGACGGCUAUACGACGAGAGACCCGGUGCUUCUGAAAUUCUGCGGGGGCGGUUCUGCGGUGCCUAAGGCUAUUUCUUCCGGUCCGGAAAUCCUCGUCGAAUUUUCGACCUCGCCUUACGGAACUUUCCUUUACCCGGCACCGCCCCAGGCGCUCCACGGAUUCCAGCUCCGUGUCAAGGUGGAUUUCGUGGAAAAGGAAUCGCCCCAGUACACAAGGAACAAAAAAUGUGAGUUUUGGUUGAGUGGCACUGGACACGGUGUGUUAGAAAGCCCGAGGAAUUCGCUACCACCGAAUACCACAUGUCUAUACCAUCUUUGGGGCGCCGAGCCCGGAUCUUCUCCACCUCCUAAGCAGUACGCAAGACCACCACGAUACCGUAUUUGGCUUUCGGUCUUAAAGUAUCAUGUAAGCAGCCCAAAAUUUGCCUUGUCGCAAGAAGCUGAAUGUGCGACAGGUCUUAAGAUAUGGGACGGAACGAAAAAAUCCGUUGAUGUUGACAUGCACAUUAAACAGAAAGUCCCACUCAUAGCGACAUUUUGUAAAGAACAGAUUCCACGUUCUUGCGACCACCAGCUAUUGAGAAAUAUGUCCAGAGCGUGCAAGGCUUCUGAGAGCUUUUUGUCCACCGGCGAUUCAGCCACGUUAGAGCUGAAAGUCACAGAAGCUACUGCGCUUAGGCCUGUGUCGUUUCGUGCCCUUUACGAGUUUGUAGACCUUCACCAAGAUGGAGAACAAUACGGCUCAGGGAAAUGUUCGAGAAUUUUCACGCAAAGACAGCUCCCUCCUGCUUCCUACUACACUCCUCAAACAUUCGCCUCGCCAAGAGAAAUAUUUUUAUACGGUCGUGGAGGAAGUCCUAAUAUAAGUUGCGUUUAUAGGUUCGAAGCACAAAAGGGUGAAAGAGUUCGAAUAGCGAUUACAAACUUGAGAACAGCAAAUCGUACAGAUUGUGAAACGCACAACGAGGGUGGCUGGGGCAGGCUCCAGUGCAUCGGAAAUCCGACAGCUUUUGUACAAUUAAGAGAAAUCCCUUUUCCCAAGACAGUCAUGAAUUUACCGAAGGACUGCCUAUGCUCAAACCCAGAACCACAACUGCCAUUUGUAUAUACCUCAAACAGUAACAUAUUGCAACUGCAUUUCAUCGUGAAGAACAUGACUACCAUGGAUGACUAUAGAAACUUGGGUUUCGAAGCAACUUGGGAAUUUGUAAGAAGGCCGGUCUGUAGUAGGGGAAAGAAGCUGAGGGGACCCAGUGGGGAAAUUGAAUUUGUUUCUCCGAGUCAGACUCCGGAGGAGGUGAACUGUGAAGGGCAGCCUUGGGUGGUCGAACCUAGUGAGUCAAAAUACCUUUAUGUAAAAGUACCAGGUAUAGUUGUUGGGGGAGUUGGAAAGACUGGUAUCAUCCGGAGAGGGCAGUGCGCAACAUCCAACCGAAUAGAAAUCCACGCUGGCUCUACCCAUGUCAUUGUGUGCCCCGAACCUCUACCUGCAUACCAGGAUAGCAUGGUGGAGGUAUUCUCGGAGGGGUGGGUAAUAGCAAACAACGCAGAAAGGUUGCCACCUGUCUGGUCGAAACAUGAUCGAAAGGAGAUAAGAAACAUUCUCGUUGAAUUCACCCCAAGAGAAAGUGGUACUUACUCUGUUACUUGGUUAGAAUUGACUAGAAGGAGGAGCGAAGCGGCUGCGGAAGGACUUCUGGAAGACUGUUUUCACAGAUGCCCAGAACUAGAUGCUUGUAUCAAUGCUUCACUUUGGUGUGAUGGAACUGACAACUGUCCAUCUGGCUAUGACGAGUCGGCCACGCAUUGCCUACCGCUUCCUCCAGUCCAACUGGCUCUGCUCACAAUAAUCGCCAUCAUAACUAUAUCCCUAGUCUUGACAUUUAUCUGCAGAUUGAGAAGACCUAGAAGACAGUUGAAAUCUCUACCUUCAGACACCGAUACAAUUAUGUCAUCCAGCGUUGGCAAAGAGGUGAUUUGCUGACACAGCACCGACAGUUCCGAACGCUUUGUUGAAUUCGACCGAAUAACAACCGUGUGACAAUUUUCGCACGGAGGAAACGUUCUGUCGAAAAAGAUACGUGCCUUUCAACAAAGCCGGAACUGUUGGUUGCAAAAACAUGGUUUACUAUGUAAAAUAUGUUUGUAAUAAAUGCAUGAUAAUCAUGCCCAUAAGAAAAACUAUUUUUUUAACAAUUUGUUUAGCUACAAUCUUAGUAUUUUUUCAAGUAAAAUAAAAGGUGCAAUACAAUUAUAUAGGUGUACUUUGAAAUGUAUGGUUUUUCACAUAUAGGCAUACAUGUUUAACUGAAAACAAAAGUUUUUGUGAUUCCAAGCAAUCUUUCUCAGAAGAAAGGUCUAGUUUAUUAUUAAAAUAAUUAAAACUGAAGUACAAUAUUUCAAGAG